AUGACGGAUGUGAACGGCCUCAUGGGCGUCUGUAGCGUUUACAGCGGAGCAGAUGAACAGGCUUCUAAUGACUUCAAGGUCAACAGAAAUAAGAUUCAUGAUAAACGAGUCUCUGCUGGAACAGAUUGCGCAGCGCUGAAGUGCGUUCAGACGCGCAGUGAAGCAGCUGCCGUCUCCACCCUGAUCUCCGCAGGUCCCCUGGGAGCCUUUAGCACUGCAGCAUCUAGACCAGUGCCUGCUCUUUAUCAUGAUGUCAGCCGCAGUCUUAAAUCAAACCCGGACAUGAGUUUUGGUGCUGCAGUGCUGCUGGAUGUCCAGGAUGCAUCUCUUUGUUUCAAUCGUCAGAUCGUCAAACUACUGAUGUCUGACCUACAGGAGUGUGUGUUUAUGAAGGACACGGUUGUGUUUCUCUCCAGUAAAUCUGCUCUAACUGUCAGCAUCACUGGUGUCUUUUCAAUCUGCGUUGAAUCUGUACUGUAUGAAGCUGUCCUGACUGAUCUCCCGGUCUCUCCGUCCACAGGCUCGGAUCCUCCGCGGGCUUUCGUGGAGCUGCGUUUCGUGCUGGAGCCGCAGGACGCGGUGACGGUUCGCGGGGGCGUCCUGCAGCUGGACUGCGAGGCGCGCUCCGACCAGGGCAUUCCCGUCAUCGCGUGGAAGAAGGACGGCGUUCUGCUGAGCGCGGUGGUGGACGACAGGAGGCAGCAGCUGUCCAACGGGUCGCUGCUCGUGCAGAACGUGGUCCACUCGCGGCACCACCGGCCGGACGAGGGCUCGUACCAGUGCCUGGCCACGCUGGAGGGCGUCGGGGCCAUCGUCAGCCGCACCGCCAAGGUCAUCGUCUCCGGUCCUCUGCGGGUGGUGGUCCCCACCGAGUCGGUUUCCACCCACCUGGGCGACACGGCGCUGCUGCGGUGCGAGGUGACGGGUGAACCCAUGCCUGUGGUGCGCUGGCAGAAGAACAGGGAGGACCUGCCCUUGACCUUUGACCCUGAGAGCAGAGUGGUCAUCCUGCCCUCCGGAUCUCUGCAGGUCAGCAGGGUUCAACCACCUGACUCGGCCACGUACCGCUGCCUUGCGGAGAAUCCAGGCAGCUCCCGAACCGGCACCGACGCUGACCUGCGCGUCCUACCGGAGCCUGGAGUGUCGAGAGGUCUGACGUUCCUCCAGAGACCUCAGAAGGUUACGGCUCUACAGGGCAGAGAUGCGGUUCUAGAAUGUUCCGCCUCCGGCUAUCCGAACCCGUCCUUCUACUGGAUGAGAGGAAGCGAGCUGAUCCAGAGCAGAUCGAAGAAAUACUCUCUGCUGAGCGGCAGCAACCUCCUGAUCAGCAGCGUCACGGACGACGAUUCGGGAAGCUACACCUGCGUCGCACAGAACAAACACCAGAACAUCUCAGCGUCCUGCGAUCUCUCGGUGCUCGUGCCGCCUCAGUUUCUCAACUACCCGUCUAACAUGUACGCGUAUGAAAGCACGGACAUCGAAAUGGAGUGUGCCGUGACGGGAAACCCGCAGCCCACCGUCCGCUGGGUGAAGAACGGAGAGGUGGUCAUUCCCAGCGACUACUUCCAGAUUGUGGACGGCGGUCAUCUUCAGAUUCUGGGUCUGGUCCGAUCGGAUGAAGGUUUCUAUCAGUGCAUCGCUGAGAAUGAGGCGGGAAACAGUCAGGCGAUGGCUCAACUCAUCCUGCUGCAGCCCGUUACCCCGAGCUCAGGCGUCCUCCCCUCCGCUCCCCGUGACGUGGCCCCCGUCCUCGUGUCCAGCCGCUUCGUGCGCCUCGGAUGGCGCCCUCCGGAGGAGACGCGCGGGACCAUCCUGACCUACGGAGUCUUUUUCUCCGAGGAGGGAAUCAACAGGGAGCGAUCCAUUAACGUCACGGAGGCCGAGAGUCUGCAGCUGACGGUCAGCAAUCUCCGACCGGAGACCACGUACUCCUUCAGGGUCAUCGCGUUCAACGAGCAGGGGCCCGGAGAGAGUUCAGAGGCCAUCCGACUGUCCACACAGCCCGAGCUUCUGGUUCCUGGUCCAGUGGAGAAUCUGCGGGCAGAAGCUGCGUCUCCGACGUCCAUCCAGGCGUCCUGGGAUCCUCCCGCUCACGCCAACGGCCCCAUACAGAGCUACCGGCUGCUCUGGACAGAGACGUCCACCGGCAAAGAGCAGAAUGUGGAGGUUGUCGGUCAGAGCUACAGGAUGGAGGGGCUGAAGAAGUUCACCGAAUACUCUCUGCGAGUGCUGGCGGUGAACCGACACGGCCCCGGCAUCUCCGACGAAGACACGCUCAUCACCACUCUCUCAGACGUGCCCAGCGCUCCGCCUCAGAACGUCUCGCUGGAGGUCGUCUACUCACGGAGCAUCAAGGUGAGCUGGCAGCCGCCGCCUGGUAACAUGCAGAACGGAUUCAUCACCGGAUAUAAGAUCCGCCAUCGCAAAACGGGCCGACGGGGUGAACAGGAGGCCAUCGAACCCAACAACCUCUGGUACCUCUUCACCGGUUUGGAGAAAGGCAGCCAGUACAGCUUCCAAGUGGCAGCGAUGACGGUCAAUGGCACGGGUCCCAGCAGCGAAUGGCACACGGCCGAGACGCCAGAGAAUGACCUGGACGAAACUCAAGUUCCAAACCAGCCGAGCUCUUUGCACGUGCGUCCGCUGCCCAACAGCAUCAUCAUGAGCUGGACGCCCCCGCUGAACCCCAACAUCUUAGUACGGGGAUACAUCAUUGGCUAUGGAGUGGGCAGCCCGUACGCCGAGACUGUGAGAGUGGACAGCAAACAGCGCUACUACUCCAUCGAGAACCUCGAGCCCAGCUCUCAUUACGUGAUCUCUCUGAAGGCCUUCAAUAACGCCGGUGAAGGAGUUCCUCUCUACGAGAGCGCCGUGACCAGAUCCAUGUCAGACCCCUCAGACCCAUCCGAUGACGAUCUGUUCCAUCUUUUUGAUAAAUUCCCCACCCCUGUCCCAGACACCUCCACGCCCAUGAUUCCUCCCGUAGGUGUUCAGGCCGUGCCGCUCACCUCCGACUCGGUGCGGGUCAGCUGGGCCGACAACUCCAUCCCCAAGAACCAGAAGUCAUCUGAGGUGCGCUACUACUCCGUCAAGUGGAAGACCAGCCACUCCACCAGCGGCAAAUACAAGUCGGCGGAUACGACAGCACUCAGUCACACCGUCACGGCUCUGAAGCCCAACACCAUGUAUGAGUUCUCGGUCAUGGUGACCAAAGGCCGCAAGUCCAGCACAUGGAGUAUGACGGCACACGCCACCACCUAUGAAGCAGCGCCAAGCUCCGCCCCGAAGGACCUGACUGUGAUUGGCCGGGAGGGACGUCCACGAGCCAUUCUCAUUAGCUGGCAGCCGCCGCUGGAGGCCAACGGACGAAUCACAGGUUAUAUUCUGUACUACACUCUGGACAAGAACAUGCCCAUCGACGACUGGGUGAUGGAGUCCAUCGCUGGAGACCGGCUCACGCACCAGGUCAUGGACCUCAACCUGGACACCGUCUACUACUUCCGCAUCCAGGCCAAGAACGCCAAAGGAGUGGGGCCGCUGUCGGACCCUGUGCAGUACAGGACCUCUAAAGUUGAGCAUCCGGAUAAGAUGGCCAAUGAUCAAGGUCGUCAUGGAGACAGCGGUUACUGGCCCUCCGAUAAUAACCCGAUCGACAUGAGCAGCAUGAACGAGCCUCCCAUUGGUCAGAUGCGGCCGCCGCACGGCAGCGUGACGCCGCAGAAGAACAGCAACCUGCUGGUCAUCAUCGUUGUUUCCGUGGGAGCCGUUACUGUGGUCGUCGUGGUGAUCGUCGCCCUGAUCUGCACCCGCCGCUCGUCCGCUCAGCAGAGGAAGAAACGUGCGACACACAGCGCAGGGAAGCGAAAGGGCAGCCAGAAAGACCUGCGACCUCCUGACCUCUGGAUCCACCAUGAGGAGAUGGAGCUGAAGAACAUGGAGAAGCCCUCGAGCUCCGCCCCCUCCGGCCGCGAGUCGCCCAUCCAGAGCUGUCAGGAGAUGCCACCUGUCAGCCACAGCCAAUCAGAGAGCCAGAUGGGCAGCAAGAGCAGCCACUCAGGUGCAGAUGGGGAUGAGGCUUCCAGCAGCAUUUCCACGUUAGAGCGAUCGUUAGCCGCCCGCAGGCCGACGCGCACCAAGAUGAUGAUUCCCAUGGACUCUCAGCCCAGCAACACACCGGUGGUCAGUGCCAUUCCGGUUCCCACACUGGAGAGCAGCCAGUAUCCGGGAAUCCUGCCGUCGCCCACCUGCGGCUUCAGCGCUCACCCAAAAUUCACCCUGCGGCCGAUGCCGUUCUCCACACUCACCGUGGACCGCGGUUACGCUGCCGCGAUGGCAGCAGAGGGCGCCGCUCCAAUGGCUCCUCAGCAACAGCAGCCUCUGAUUCCCACAGCGCAGUCGGAGCCGCCGGGGCCGGAAGAGAUUCCCAGUCGCACCAUCCCGACCGCCUGCGUGCGACCCACACACCCGCUGCGCAGCUUCACCAACCCGCUCCUGCCUCCACCCAUGGGAACCAUCGAACCCAAGGUCUACAAUCCCAUGACAGGUGGAAGUUUACCCAAACCGCAGGUGAAGACGGCAUCACUAGGUCAGGCUGGAAAGGCCAGAUCGCCGUUACUUCCCGUUUCCGUGCCGACCGCUCCCGAAACCGCUGAAGAUGGACAGAAACCAGCCGACGACCCGGCGAGCGUGUACGAGCAGGACGAUCUGAGCGAGCAGAUGGCGAGUCUGGAGGGUCUGAUGAAGCAGCUCAACGCCAUCACGGGUUCAGCCUUUUAACACACGCUCACGCAUCCGCAGGGGAACAGACACCUGGAGCGAGGAAGCUCCGGACCGCUUUUAUCCUCUCAGUCACCCGCUCAUCCACAGAAACCCCUGAAACGGGAUUCAAAAAGGGAAAAUGACUUCAAACCGAACCUCUCACGGACCCUCACUGGGAAAGCGUCUCUUUUCUAACAUUGUCUGAGAUUUUAUACUUGUUCACGGCCGUCUCCAGCUCACGCUGCUCUCCGGAUCCAUCCAGGAUUCAUGAGUUUAAUCUGCUAAUGGAAACCCUUCUCUGAUGGGAUUAUUAGUGAGGACCUUUUCCGAACCGUCACAAUGUCUUGGAGUUGCCAAAACGCAGAACUUCUGAACCCUUCGUCGACAUCUCGCCAAUCUAUUGCUGCCAAAAUCCUUUCCUAAGGAAUUAUAUAUUCAUACUGAAAUGAGUUUGUUUAUAAGGAUGAGAAAAUGGAACCGAUUCUGUUGCGGAUACUCGUUUUGUUUGUAGUCACGUCUCUUCGUGAAUCUUUCGGUUUAUUAUUUUAAUGUCAAAUGUGCAGCUGCUCUUGAGGACUGUAAACUGUGUUUCAUUUCUCGUUGUGUUUCGUCUCCAUCAGUUCCAACGCAGGUAAAUGAAUCCGUGUUUCAGAAACGCAGACGAGUGAAUUAAUUGGUCAAAUAAUGCUAAUGUGACGACUUUGAGAGGUUUGAUGGUGGCUGCUUUUCGUUUCUCUCUUUUUUUAUUUGCGUUAAAAUGUUUUUAUGUGUGGAAGCGCAAAAGAGUCUUUUUUUAUGUGCCUAUAUCUAUAUUUUUGUUCCUUUUUGGUCACUUUAUUUAUUUACUAUGUGCUUAUUUGCGCUAAUCUGAAGCUGCGAGACAAAAGAAGAAAGAUGAAUGCAGUCGCAGGACAAAAGGAAGAGGGAACGCGUCCCGAUAUUUGAUAUUUUUCUCGUACGUGUGUACGUUACCGUACAGACCCCUGUAGCAAGACGAGGACAAGCGCUGUUUUUUACUGUACAGUUGCACCGAGCCAUUGAUGGACUGACGUCUUGGACUCGGGACGGGCGGGCGUUGGGUUUCUACCGAUAUAUUUAAUAUAUGAUUUAGAGUGUUCCUUUCACGGUGAUUUAUGAACACAAUGUGAUUAAUUCUAGAGCUUUUAUUUACCCAUUGGGAGAAUAAAAGAAUUCAUAGAGGAAUUCUGGGACGGACUUUCACUGUGUUUUUCAACGUGAAGAUUGGAAGAUAUUUUUGCGUCAGCAUCAUAAAACACCUUUGGUUGUCUAACGUUUUUUUGUGCAUCAUGGUAAAUGUGAUCGAUGACAUUCCUGGAUUUUUCCAUAAUGUUCCGUCUGAAAUCCAGCAACAUUUUUUAUUCAGAAGCAUAAACUCUAUCAUUCCCUCAUAGCCUGUUCACUGCAAACAAAAUUGAUGUUCUUUCUCAGUAUUUGUGUUUUGUUUUCCAGUAAAAAAAUAUCUAAACUUCCUUAAAUCAAGAUACAUUUACUGUUGAAGCAUAUUAUUAAGAAAUAAGUGAUUACUGAAAAAGUAUCAAAAUGAAGUGAGACAAGAACAGUUAUCUGCAAAUGGAGACAGAAAAAUAAUCUUAAUUCAAAGGGAAAACAAGUUUAUUUUUCUGACCCCAUUGGCAGGUAUUCUUGUUUUAGGCAUAAACUGUAUUCAUUUUUACUCAUUUUUCAUGAAUCGAGUCUUAAUAUCUUUCAUUUCUCUUCUCCAGUAAAUGUAUCUUGAUUUAAGAAUGUUUAGAUAUUUGUGCUGUAAAACAAGACAGAAACACUGAGGAAGAACAGUGUUCAUCUUUCUCACAGAGAAGAGUUGCAAUUCCUGCGUUAAUGGACAAGUUCACCUGAAAAUAUGACGUUCCAAGCCAUGAAAGAAUCUUCUCGCAGCUCUUUUCCAAACUGCAUCUGUUCACAAUGAUCACGACUGUUAAGCUCCAAAAAUGACCAUAAAGCACCUCUGAAGUCUCCUAACAGCAGUUCAUAUGACACAUGCACUAUAUUUCAUGUCUUCUGGGUAGUUUAUGAUUUUAAUUACCUAAAUUUUGAGUCCUCAUGAGACUUCAGAAGUCAUGCCACCUUUAUUUCUAUAGCGCUUUACAGCUUCACACUGCAGAAAAUGAUGUUCUUCAAAAUUAAGGGAGUUUGUGCUUAAAACAAGAACAAAUACCUGCCAAUGGGGUCAGAAAAAUAAUAUUGUUUCCCUUCAAAUGAAGAUUAUUUUCCAUAUAUCUAUAUAUGGAAGACUCCAAAUAUAGUCAUAUGAUCUACUGUUAUGCUACUGUACAUCUGGGUUUGAGCAACAAGAUGACAAAGUUAUUUUCCAGUGAACUCUUCCUGUAAUUCGGGGCUGAUGGGAUUGAUUAAUGAUGACUUGAUCUCUGAAAGGUUCAUUGAAACACCUUCAUUAGCCGUGUUAAUUAUAGAAUCAGAAGGCAAAGGUUGAGGAACAUCGGCAGCCGUGAAAAAAUGAGAGGAGGAAUCAUUCUUGUGUAUUUUACUUCAUCUUUAAAUUGUCCAAUUUUAGCGUCGUUAACCAAAUUAGAGUAGUGAUUGAGAUUGAAUCUGGUUUUCCGUGUGAAGGGCGGGAGCCGCUGCCGAACCCUUCAGAGUCGAACCCCUCCGGCUCUUUCUACCCAUGACGUUGUAUACAAUUACUGGUUUUGUAAUGCACUGUAGAACAGUCCAAUGUUCCUUUUUAUAUAGAAAUGUUAUUUGAAUGGUGCAUUCUUUUUGUUUGAUAAAUAAAGCCUUUGAUAAUAAA